AUGCUUUGCGCAAUUUCGGGAGAGGCACCGCAAGUGCCCGUCGUCUCGCCCAAGAGCGGCAGCGUCUUUGAAAAGCGACUGAUCGAAGCCUACAUCGCGGAGAAUGGAAAGGAUCCCGUGAAUGGAGAAGAGCUCUCCACAGAGGACCUCAUUGAUGUCAAAUCCCAGCGCGUCGUCCGCCCCAGACCUCCCACCCUCACAUCCAUUCCUUCGUUGCUCAGUGUUUUCCAAGAAGAGUGGGAUGCCCUGGCUCUUGAAACCUACACAUUGCGACAGACCUUGGCACAGACUCGCCAGGAACUGAGCUCCGCGCUCUACCAGCACGAUGCCGCCGUUCGCGUGAUUGCUCGGUUGACAAAGGAGAGAGACGAGGCCCGUGAUGCCCUAUCCAAGGUCACUGUCGGUGCCAGGAGUGCCGCUGCCUCCGGUGGUGAGGCUAUGCAGGUUGAUUCGACCGGUCUGCCCGAGGCCGUUCUGGCACGUGUUGAGAGCACACAGGCAUCGCUGUCCAAGACACGUCGUAAGCGCCCGGUUCCGGAAGGCUGGGCUACGGCUGAAGCCAUCUCCACAUACAAGCCUACGGAGAGCUCCAACCCUCUUUACCCCGGCAGCAAGGCAUUCGCCGUUAACUCGUCGGGAGAGCUGGCACUCAUCGGCGGCGCGGACGGUGCCGUUGGCAUCUAUUCCAUCCCCCAGAAGCAGGUUGUUCAGAACCUGCAGGCAAACGGGCCAGUUACCGAUGCCGUUUGGGCAGGCGAGAAGGCCAUUGUGGCAUCGUCUACGGGCUCUGUGAAGGUCUUCGAGAACGGCAACGAGGUCGCUAACUUCAACUCUCAUGCUGGAGCCGCAACCGCGCUUGCCGUGCAUGCUACCGGUGACAUUGUUGCCUCGGUUGGCGCUGACAAGAGCUAUGUUCUGUAUGACCUCACGACGAACUCGGUAAUCACUCAGAUUUUCAGUGACGCAUCUCUUCUCUCGGUCAAGAUUCACCCUGACGGCCACCUGGUUGCUGCUGGUGGCGUGGACGGGCAAAUCAAGAUCUUCGAUAUCAAGACCGGCGCGUCCGCUGCCACUUUCGCCAUGUCUAGCCCUGUGAAGUCCCUUUUCUUCUCCGAGAACGGUGUUUUCCUGGCCGCGGUUACCGAGAACUCGACCACUGUAUCCAUUUGGGAUCUCCGUAGCGCACAGGAGAGCAAGGUUUUGGAGACGGGCAGUCAGGUUGACUCGAUUAACUGGGAUUACACUGGACAGUUCCUUCUGACCGCCGGACCUAGUGGCUUGACGGUGCACCAAUACACCAAGUCCUCCAAGUCGUGGUCCGAGCCCUUGCGGAGUGCGGUGCCCGCGGUUGCGGCGGCUUGGGGCUCUGCCGCCCAGACUAUCGUGGCGUUGAACAGCGAGGGAGGCGUGACGGAGCUGACGGCACAGUAA